AUGGACCUGCCCAGCCCGGAGCUAGUGUUCCCGCUCCUCAUGGACGCCUUCGCCAGGCGCGGGCGCGGCGUCGCCGACCUCAUCGCACUCUCUGGCAAGAAGGGCAAUCCACCCCGACCUCAUCCUCUCCCCAUCUGCGUACCACGGCGCCAGAUCCCCAGGUCGCCGCACCCGGCACCCUCACUUCAGGUUUUUGUGCAGGUUAAUGAUGCCAGAUUGGAGUACGGAAGCUUUAUUUAA